CGCUGGGAGUUCCGGAGCUGAGCCGGUUUCUGACUUAGUUUCCGCUGGCUUCAGGUCCUAGACAAGCGUGUGGAUCCAGUCAGAGCCGGGCUUUGGCUGCUGCUGGCAGCCCACGAGGUAGGAGAGGAGGCUGAGGAAAGGUGCCACAGCAGGGACGUGAGGAAGAGGCCCAGGCUUUAGAACUGAAAGCGAAAUUGGCUUCAUUUUGUUGGAUGAAGGAGGGACCCUUAGAGCGCUAGAAGCCAACUCCGGCCUCUGCUGCUUGGUUGCUUCUCCUGCCGUGCUCCCGGUUUCCUCAUAUGGAGUUAGUCUGAGUGAUCUCAAGGUCCCUUCUAGUCCUGACACUAAAUUCUUCAUAUUAAGGUGUGCUUGGCAUUCUGGGGUGGCUUUCAAAGAAGAAUGGAGGAAAAUAUGAAGCUUGCUACAGUGGAAGAUACUGUAGAGUACCGCCUGUUCCUGAUAUCGGAUGAACUAAGGGACCCAGAAAAACACAGAGAGAUUCUUCAAAAUUAUAUUGAGAUGAUAAUGACCCAGUUUGCACCUAUGCUGGUCCCCUAUAUCUGGCAGAAUCAGCCUUUCAAUCUCAAAUAUAAACCUGGGAAAGGAGGUGUUCCUGCUCAUAUGUUUGGCAUGACAAAGUUUGGGGAUAACAUUGAGGAUGAAUGGUUUAUUGUUUAUAUAGUAAAGCAAAUUACAAAGGAAUUUCCAGAGUUAGUAGCAAGGAUUGAAGACAAUGAUGGUGAAUUCUUGUUAAUAGAAGCUGCUGACUUUCUGCCUAAAUGGUUAGAUCCUGAUAAUAGUGCCAAUAGGGUGUUUUUCCACCAUGGUGAGUUGUGCAUUAUUCCUGCACCAAAGCACCCUGGAGAAAUAUCCUGGUUACCCACUGCACCCCCUACAAUGUUACAAGCAUUGAAUAUAAUCUCAACACACCCAGAAAAAAUUUUGGCUUCAGAAUCUAUAAGAGCUGCUGUGAAUAAACGCAUCAAAGGAUACCCAGAAAAAAUUAAAGCCUCCCUUCAUCAAGCGCACUGCUUCCUUCCAGCCGGCAUUGUAGCAGUGCUGAAGCAGCGCCCUAGAUUGGUGGCUGCAGGAGUCCAGGCAUUCUACCUGCGGGACCCUAUUGACCUACAAGCCUGUCGUAUUUUCAAGACAUUCUUGCCUGAAACACGAGUAAUGACAUCGGUCACUUUCACUAAAUGUCUGUAUGCACAAUUGGUGCAACAAAGGUUCAUGCCAGACCGGCGGAGUGGAUACAAGCUGCCUCCUCCAUCUCAUCCGCAGUACCGAGCCCAUGAAUUGGGCAUGAAGUUGGCUCAUGGAUUUGAGAUCUUAUGCUCCAAAUGUAGCCCACAUUUUUCUGACUCCAAGAAAUCUCUUGUUACUACUUCACCGCUCUGGGCUGGCUUCCUUGAAAGCCUGAAAAAGAAUGAUUACUUUAAGGGAUUGAUAGAAGGUUCUGCUCAGUACCAGGAAAGGCUAGAAAUGGCAAAGAACUACUUCCAGCUCUCCAUAAACCAGCCAGAAAGCUCUCUUGCUGUGAGUCCAGGUGAAGAAAUCUUAACAUUAUUACACACAGUAUCAUAUGAUAUGGAAGAGCUUAAGAAAGAAGCAGCUAAUCUUCCCCCAGAAGAUGAUGACCAGUGGUUAGAUCUCUCACCAGAUCAGCUGGACCAGCUGCUGCAGGAAGCUGCUGGCAAAAAAGAACCGGAGCCUGUUUCCAAGGGGCGAGAGGAGAACUAUGACUUAACUCAGGUCUCAGAGAGCAUGAAAGCUUUCAUAUCCAAAGUCUCAAGCCACAAAGGAGCAGAGCUGCCUCGAGAACCUUCUGAGGCUCCAAUCACCUUUGAUGCAGAUUUGUUUCUUAAUUAUUUUGAUAAGAUUUUAGGGUCAAAGCCCCAUGAGUCAGACUCUGAUGAUCCAGACGAAGAAGACUCUGAAUGUUUAGAUAGUGAUGAUGACUUGGAAAUCGAAACACAGGAGCCUGGGGAGGAAGCAUCUGUAAAAGGAACUCUUGACGAUCUCAAGUCAUAUAUGGCCCAGAUGGACCAGGAACUGGCACAUACCAGCAUUGGCAAAAGUUUUACCACCCAGAAGCAAAUGGAACCUCUAUCCCGGACUACCAGUAACAAUUCAGACGAGGAAGAUUCUGGUGCAGGAGGAUCUGUAACGACACCAGUGGAUGUAGACCUGAACCUCGUUUCAAAUAUAUUGGAAUCCUACAGUUCCCAAGCUGGACUCGCAGGCCCUGCUUCCAACCUUUUACAGAGCAUGGGAGUUCAGCUGCCUGACAAUGCUGAUCACAGACCCACAAGUAAGCCAACGAAAGAUUAGCCACCAAACACAGCCUCUCUUUUAUCUUCUUAAAUAAAUACUGAGUCUGACUGUG